UACGUGACUUUUCCGAAAGAACCAAGAAUAUGAACCAAGAAUAUGAUUAUAAUCAAUCAAUAAUAUAGAUGUUUUAUUUCCCAGUUCACAUAAGCAGCCCCCCAAAUUUCCCAAUGCAGAUGAGCAUCCGGAUCGCUUCCCGCCGGACUCCCCGCGCGAGUUCUGGUUGGCUCGGUCGUUUGGGCGGGAAAUCCAAAUCGGGCCAAUCGCGACGCAGCGUUGGCGUCACGUGACCGGUACCAACAGCCGGCUCCUCCCCCCCCCCACUCGCAAGCGGCUGGCGGUGAUUGAAAGCCGCGAGGAGUUUGAGGUAAAUGAUAAACUGAAAUCGUUUAAAAUAUAUAUUUUUUAUAUUUAAACAAAAAACUUUACCUCAAAGCGUCAAGGCGGCACUCGAGACCAACCGAAUGCGCCGUAUUUUUUUCCAACUCCAAGAAGAAGAAGAGGAAAAAACCCCGAGUGAGACCCAGCUACCCACCACCAUCGCCACGGAAACCACUCUCCCAAGCCAGUCCUUCCAUUGGCUGACGGGGUUUCCCAAGGCGGCUCCUGAUUGGUCAGUCGAGCCCGGAUGGCGGUGUCUUCCGUGGGGGGGCAGCCACCCCCGCUGGGCUCCCACAAUUCCCCGGAGCAAGCGGCAGCGGUGGUGCAUUUUGGGAGUCGGCUGAUGGAGUCACGUGGAGAGGAGGCCAUGGGACUGGAUCGACGUGCAUCGAUGGACUCGCCUGAAUGCUCGCCUACUCGCUCGCCAACAUUUUCACCUGGAGACUCGCCCACACGUGCAGCUCACGAUGAAGCUGAAGGAUUGAAUCGUCACUCAUCUACACGUUCACCUCUCCACUCACUUCACGAUGAACAUGAACAAUUGAAUGAACGCUCACCCACCUACUCGCCUGAAUACUCGCCUACACACUCGCUCGACUGUUCAACUCCCCACUUGCCUAAACGCUCACUUACCCACUCGUCUCACAAUGAAGCUGGAGGUUUGAACGAGCGGUCACCCGAACAUUGGCAUGCUAGUUCACCUGAACCACGUAGUGAACACUCGUGUACGCACUCACCCGCACACUCGCUUGCACCACGCUCACCCGCACACGACAGUGACCCCUCGCCGGAGCGUCUGCGCGCUCUCUCGCACACAGAGGACUCCCACUCCCCGGGUCUCUCUCCCCAGAGACUCUUCGCUCUCCCGGACUCCCCCUCGUCUCCCCUCUGCUUUCCAUCUCUCUCUGUCUCCAGUCUCUGUUGCGGUCCCCGUGUCUCCCCUGGUCUUCCUGUGUCUCCCUGUUCUCUCCUUGUGUCUCCUCUUCCCGGUGUCUCCCCUUUUGUCUCUUCACCCGCUAUCCCCUUAACUCCCCGUAUCUCCUCUGGUCACUCUCUGUCUCCCUGUCUCUCUCCAACCUCCCAUGUUUCCCCCGACCUCUCUAUGUCUCGCUGCGUCUCUCCGGCCUCGCAAACCUCCCCUAAUCUCGCUGCGUCUCGCAGUCUCUCCCCCGGUGUCCCAGCGUCUCCCUCGGUCCCCCCACGUGUCGCCGCGUCUCCCCGCGUCUCCCGCGUCUCGAGUCGCCGCCACCACCAGCAGCAGCAGCAGCAGCAGCCGCCUCCCGCCUCUGCGGCGGCCAUGCUGAGCGGCGGGCUGCACCGCAUGCCGGCGAUUGUGAACCUCCUGCUCGUCCUCCUGAAGCGGCGCGGGGAGGAGAUGGGGCCGUGGGCAGCUGCCCUGAGGGAGAGGAAACGUCACCGCGUCGCCCAGCGCCGCCUCGCCUGGGCCCUCAGCAGGCUGCGCGAGACUCGCCAGGCCCUGGACGUCGCCGUGGAGAUGGAGCGGCGCAGGGAGGUGGUGGUGAGGCAACUGGACGAGACCCUGGCGCAAGUGGUGCGGUGCUGCAAGAGGAGAGACGCUCACCUCACAGAGCAGAGUCCCACUGUGCAAGCGGAGAAGGCAGCGGAGCGGAGCCACGACACGGAGACGGAGAGAGCCUCGGAUGUGGCGGCGGCGGCGGUGGCGACCAGUUGA